GUUCAAGCGCUCUAGAACAAAUCAGCUGGCGUUCUGAUUGGAAACAUUAUUAUUUUUUUUUUUUCGUUUACUACUACUCUCAUUUUGUUAUCACCAACAGGCGCGUCUUAUUCUUGAUUACCUUAUUUUUUGUUGUUGCGCCUAGUGCAAAGAGCUUUUCCCUGCUAAAAGAUAGAGCGGUUCCCACAAUACUACGCACUCAGAUCGUCGAACUCCGAUCCCUUUUCAGAUCGCAGAUUACAGAUUGCAUAUCUCCAAGAUGUCCUCCGGUAAGAUCCUGCCACGCCGCCAGGCGGUUCCAGUCCUCUACACCAGGGGCACCCACUACGAAGUUGGCUUCGACAUGGGCCGCACAUUUGGGUCCAUGAUCAAGAACUUUCUGAUCUUAUCGAAGCCCCUCAACGAGACCUACUUGCCGCUCUACCAGUCCCCAAAAGGCAGGCAGAUCUACAACGAGACCCUGGGAUCGGUGAAGGACAGCUUCCCGCAAUAUGUACGCGAACUGGAGGGCGUGGCCGAUGGUGCGGAGGUGGAAUUCCAUAAGCUAUUUCUACUGCAUCUGGACGAGAUUCUGCCCCAGGCAUUGAAGCACCAACCACGUAGCAAAAACCAACCCACCGGCUGUUCCACCAUCAUUGUCAACCAGAAGAAUUGCCGCCUUUUGGGGCACACGGAGGAUGCGCUGACGGAGACCCUGAAUCACUACUACUUCGUGGUGGCCCACAUCAUCAGCGACAAGCCGCAGGGCAAGUACAACGUCAAGGAGGAGCACUUCAUGUCCCUCUGCUACGCCGGCCAUCUGCCCGGUUACACCAUGAGCCAGAAUCACCACGGACUGGUCUUCAGCAUCAACACCAUCAGUGCGGAGCUCUUGCGCAGCGGCAAAACUCCGCGACACUUCAUCACCCGGGCGCUGUUGGCCACCAGCAACGUGGACGACGCCUUCCGGGUGCUCAAGGAUGCGGGAGUGGGUGCAGCGGAUGCCUGCUCCAUCAACUUUACCUUCCUGGCUGAUCCCCGCCAGAUGUGCUACAAUGUGGAGAUGGCUCCGUCGCCGGAGCGCAAGAAUGAGUCCCAUUUGAACAUCAAGGAGGUGCCGCUGGGCGAGCACAACUACCAUGUUAACCAAUUCGAUCGCAUCCGGCAGGAUCAGGCCAACGAUCUGAUGAUCAGCUCGAGCAUCUCGCGGAUGCAAACCUUUGGUGCCUACAAUCCGCCGAUGAGCGAGCAGGAUGUGCGCCACAUGCUGGGCGACGUGUCCGGCGGCGUCUACUGCGUAUGGCGGGAGAACCACAGCUGCGACGAGGUGGUGAAGACCAUUGCCGUGGGCAUCUUCGAUCUCAGUGCCAGGACCAUCUCCCUGUACUCCGACAAUCCCAGCGAGACGGAGCCCCACUGCCGCCUGCCGCUCCUCUACAAGUAGAUCCGUCGUGGAAGGCAUGGGAUCCAUCGCGUCUUUACUUAAACAUUCUCAACUGACUAUAACAUAAAAUCAAAUCAUAUGAUCUAUCAGAUACAGGUAUUACCUAUAAUUGGGUUUUUGUACUGCGAUAUGAUUUCAAUAGGCUCCACUUUUGAUUUCACCAUAUAUGCGCAUAUAUUUUAUACAAUAUUCAUACAAAUUAUAACCAGUAUAUCAACAUUUUUAAAAAAUUUUUAAACCAAAAAAACCUAAAAUAUAUAUUUUACCUUAAAAUUACUCAAAAGAAAUUCAUUU